AUGAUCGCAUUACGGGACAUUUGGAGACGAGAAGACGGAUGGAUUUCAGAGUUGGACCGCCUCAGUCCGUCUGAGCAGAGCAGAGUGUUGCCAGCCCCAUCAUCUGCUCCGGGCGCUGGAACUACAGCCCUGGGACUGUGCCCUGGGACUGUGCCCUGCCAGCCUGAGCAGCCAGUGGACCAGUGGAGCUGGCACCAUCACACCGUGGCACUUAGUGCGGGACACUCAGCCAAGAGCCCGUGA